AUGUCCCAGAAACAUCCCCCUGAGCGCAAAAUCGCGAACCCAUUGUCUCAUCUGUAUGUCGAGACGAGUUGGCGUGAUACACCCGAACUUCCACAGGCAGAGGAGAUUAUGAAAGAAUCGUACAUCCUCCCAAAGAACGACGGCCUCAAUGUCGUCUACCCGACGAAAAGCGCGUAUCUCCGGGCCCAAUACGAUCUCUUACGCUUCGAGGGCACCGAGCCUCUCCGUAGAGCCGUUCAAGAAUACAAAUCCGCUCCCGAGAUGGCAGAGAGCACUGAGACGUGCAUAUAUACCGAUGUCUCUGUCCGCGGAGUCAACAUCAUCCGCCUCGGAGUCAUGGUCCGCAUCACCUUCUCCGCCAUCCGCGCACGGCAACUCAUCAACUGGCCGGCAUCUCAGCGUGUGGUCCCAGGCACAAUAGUAGCUCUGUCUCCCGCCUCGGACCACUUCAGAACACAGUGUAUCGUGGCAGUGGUGACGGGUCGUUACGAUGAUCUCGCCGGCAAUUCAACGGCGCCUCCUCCCUUGGAUCUCGAAUUUUCGGAUCCCAGUAUCACUGCGAGUUUCAUGGAGCCAGAUAAAGAGUAUGUCAUGGUCGAAGCCCGCUCAAACUACUUUGAAGCCGUUCGACACGUUUUGGAGGGGCUCAAGCAAACAGCAGAAGACGAUUCACCAUUCGACAAGUACUUCAUCGGCCAAUUUAACACCGUUGACAUGUCUAGUUCACUGCCAUCAUCGUCCACUACAUUGGACAUCUCAGCCCUCCAUGACGGUCUUCAACGCCCAGUUCCCAUAUACAUCCCCAAACAAGGCGACAUACCAAGCCACAUACAGUCGAAGACAAGACUAGACCAAUCCCAACUACAAGCCCUCCAGCGCAUGAUAACAAAGAACCUCGCCAUCGUCCAAGGCCCACCCGGAACAGGCAAGACGCACACGUCCAUGGCGGCGCUCAAAGUCCUGCUAAGCACGCAGCACUCUAAUGUGCCCAUCAUCGUCACGGCCCAAAAGAAUGACACCGUCGACGAGCUCCUCGUCAGAUGCCACAACCUUGGCGUGGACUUUGUACGCCUCGGCGGCCAGGCCAAGGACGAGGUCGUUGCCAGCCGGACUCUCUUCAACCUCCGCACGCGAUCUCGCGGCAAGACGUGGAGCAAGAGCGCGCUCGAGAAACGUCUCGUCUCCCUCAGAUUUCAGGCGAAGCUUCUACUCCAGCGCUGUUUCCCCCCCGCACACCAGGAGCUGAUUCUACCGGAACACUUCCGCGAGGUUGGUCUGAUCAGCGCGGAGCAGUAUGCCUCCGUCACGAAGUGCUGGGACGGCGACGUCAGAUCCAUCGCCCGGGAGGGAUCCCAACACUUGCUCGGAUCGUGGCUCGGUGACCAGUUGCUCGCCCAAUUACCUCAUAGGAGCGUUCACGUUCCUCUCAGCGACGGCAUCGACAAUGACGAAGCAGCAUCAGGGCCCGCGAUCAGCGAGAAGGGUUCAGCCGAUAACAAGAAAGAGCAGUUGUCGGGCAAGCCUAUCUUGAUCGCGCGCUGGAACAGCAUCAAAUACUCGAAAGGCGUUGCUCUCAACCACAAGAUGGCGCAAGAGCUGCUCGUCAAAAAUGGAAACCUCUGGUCAAUUGUGCCCAAGUAUCGCGGCAUGGUCUAUCACUACCUCGAACGUAGAUACCUCGCAUCAACCAAGCUAGCCCUGUCCGCAAUUUUCAGGCAGCUCGACAACAUAGUCAAGAAGCUCAAGGUCGUCCGCUGGCAAGAAGACAUCACCGCAGUCCGCGAGUCAAAGGCCCGCAUCAUAGGCUGUACGACAACAGGCCUUACAAAGUACCGCAGACUCAUCGCCGCGCUAUGGCCGCGCGUCAUGAUGAUCGAAGAAGCCGCCGAGACCCGCGAAGCAAACAUCACCGCCGCGCUGUUCCCCUCCCUGGAGCGAAUCAUCCUCGUCGGCGACCACAUGCAGCUAGCGCCCCACGCCGACUGCCUCGAGCUUAGCAAGCCCCCAUUCUACCUCAACGUAUCUCUGUUUCAGAGGCUCGUGGAGCGCGGCCUGGAGCAUUCUACCCUUCAGGUGCAGAGACGCAUGACGCCCGACAUUCGCAAGCUGCUGAACGCAUGGUAUCCUCUCCUGGUGGAUCACCCUUCGACGUUUGACCGGGAAGCUGUCCCGGGCAUGGGCUUGCAGAGCGUGCUGUGGUUCAAUCACCAACGGCCCGAGUCAUCUGACCGGUACUGCAGCAAGGUCAACACGUUCGAGGCCGACAUGAUUGUCGGGCUAUACGGCCACCUAGUGUCCAACGGCACGAGCCCGUCAGAAAUCACCAUCCUGACCUUCUACAGCGGACAAAAGGCAUGUAUCGAACAUAGACUCCGCCAAACCCCCGGCGCCGGUCACCUCGGGCCAGAGGUCCAGACAGUGGAUGGGUACCAGGGCAGGGAGAACCGCAUCAUCCUCAUCUCCAUCACCCGAAGCCCGGAAGAUCGCACGAAACCAGACUCGGGCUUCCUCAACGACCUAAGACGCGCCAUAGUCGCCCUCAGCCGCCCUCGACACCUGCUAGUCAUCCUUGGCGAUAUGCAGAAUCUGCUAGCGUCGUCAGCUCGGCCGAUUUGGAGCGAGGUCUUGAACAGGAUGGAGGCAUCGCCCAUGGACUACAUCCCCGUCUUCUGCAAAGCGCACAAGAGUGAGAUUCGCAUCCGGCAGCCGGGUGAUUGGGCAAAACUUGCGGGUAAAGGAGGCUGUAGUAUGCGCUGCGGGCGACCAACGGCUGCACAAGGAGCAACAUGCGGCCGAAAGUGCCAUGGAGGCUCAUGUAAGCCCACGGUCGGUGCCAUGUUUACUGACAGCAACGCGCAGACGAUCCUCGAGCGCAUCUCGAGCCCACAGGCACAGGAAGAUCUUAUAGACCUGAGCGACUGA